AGAGGAUCAUACACAGCAACGACGGUGUUUACAUAUGGCGGUUUGGGCUAAACAGUGUCUCGCACUUGUUGAAUGGUGACAACAAACAAAAGGGCUAUAAGGUUGUUGCGUUGUUCGAGUGGACAGACUACUAGAUCAAAAUGAAGCUAAUGAUUUAUAUUGUUUUAGCGCUCUGCAUGUUCUUCCAUGCUGAUUGUGAUCUCGCAACUGAAAGUGAAGCCUAUGCAGUUGAAAUUAUCAUCUAUCGCCUUACAACGGACACGUGGACAGCGAAUGGCAUGGAAACGACACUUUCUGGGGCAGUGGCUUCCGCAGCUAACACGUACUGUGAAUCAAACCCAGAGACGUGCGGUCUGACAACAUGCUGCACAUCAGUGUCUAUCAGUUUCAAAGAGACGGAUGUUGGAAAAGUUAGUGGAUAUCCACUGAAAGACUUGAAAAAUCUAAAACACAAAUUUUACCUCAAAUUCCCAACUGGAUUUACCGCCUCCAACUCAUCAGUAACAGAAUUUGUUGUUGUGAAUUCAGUUUUGUAUGAAAUCAUACGACUCGCAAGAACAACUUUCCAUACAUCGACUGGCUACUGGGUCACUUGGGCGGAUGAAACAUACUUUGGUAUUCCAGCUACCACACAGGAAAAUCAAAUCAUCAUUCCAAUCGCAUUUGUUGUUUUGUUUGCCGUCAUAUUCUUAGCUAUUGGGCUUCAUUUCUGGAAUAAAAAGAAACAAAAUGAAAUUCGCUUGAGGAAGAAAAUUGAUGAUAAAAAGGCAAUGAAGAAGAACAAAGCCAUGGUGCAACCCACGUACAGAGUGGACCCAGAAAUCAAAGACAUUGACGAUGAGCAGGUGGAGAAGACCAAGAAAGACUCUACAAAAAAGCCUAGAAAGGAGAAGAUGUAUGUUGAUAAUUACCCAGUAAAACAGUCGGAGGAAACAGGCAAGAAACACUUUGGUGGAGCUAGCGACACAGAUUCCGCCAUCAAGAUGGAUCCCCAGCACGAGCAGAUGGACUAUGUGGACUCCCAGGCUCAGAACAGAAGUCUGCCUCCUCUCGAUGUACAAGAAGAAAGCGAGAGAAAGAAGAAGAAAAAGAAGAAGGACAAGAAGAAGAAGCACCACGGAGACGGAUAUGAUAAUCAAUCAGCCACUUUAUCCACAGAACUCUGAACAGUCUAGGGUGUUUCCAAUAUUCAAAACAGAACUCUGAACAGUCUAGGGUGUUUCCAAUAUUCAAAACAGAACUCUGAACAGUCUAGGAUGUUUCCAAUAUUCAAAACAGAACUCUGAACAGUCUAGGAUGUUUCCAAUAUUCAAAACAGGCAUUUAUUUAUGUAAAAGGGAUCCAAUUUUAAAUUAUAUAUUUUCAUAUUAUAUGGAAGGGUUGGGUAAUACUAGUAAUAUUGACCUAUGUAAAUGUUAUGAUGUAUUGAAUUACAAUACAAUAACAUACAUUUAUUUUGCGGUGCGGAUUUUGGAAUAUUGGUACACAUAUGAUGAACAUUUGUUUAUGUACAUGUAGUUUAUAUCAGGGGAAUUUUUAAAAUACACCUCAGUCUUAACGUUUAUUUGCACCAGGAUACUUCAUUAAUUACGUUUCAGUCAUACAAAGGAUUAGCGAGAGUGCUAUUAUAUAAAUAUCAUGGUUAUGUAGAUAUUUCUUUAUAUGAAAGUUUGAUAUCCAAAAUUCGUUGAAAUAGCAUGGUUAUGUAAAAUUUUGUUGAUUUUGAGAUCUAAAAUUCGUUAAUAUAGUUCGGUUAUGUAGCCUUUUCUUUAUAUGAUUUUUAUCAAUUGUGAUACAGCAAUGCUGUUUUUAAAAUCGCAAUAAAAAGCUGGCAAUACUCAGGCCUGUGAUUUAGGUAUCUUUGUUUGCCGGUUAAAUGUGCAUCAGGACGUACCUUUAUAUGCAUGUACAAUGAAGAAAAUGAAACUUAGUCUUAAACUGUAACAUUGGAUUUUGAAUUUAGUAAUAAGGAGUUUCGUAUGUGCUAUUCCCUUUAGUUAAUACUUAGAGACCUGAAGAAGUCAUCGAGAUUUGUGCUCAUUCACGAAAAUAUAUCAUCUUUCUUUUUAAAUUGUCUGAUCUUAGCAUUAUAUUUAUUCAGCCUAUUUAUUCGAAAGUAUGAAUGAGUAAACAAUUGAAUAGUUUUAGCUCAUAGUGAAUGUUAAUGUGAAAGACUGUAGAAUGUUGUUUAGUGAUCGUAUUUAAAUACAUUAUAUCUUAUUCAAGAUAUCAAAAUCAAUUCAAGAAGCGAUAUAUUUACUGUAUAUAUACGUAACCUCUUCUUAUCUGCUUUAAACAUGUUGACAUUGUUUCGUAGUUUCUAGUCAAUGUCCGAUUUAUACAUUUCCAUGUUGUGCGGUCUAGUAGUCGUUAUUUUAACGCUGUACAGUAGUCCUUUUGCAGGAUUUGAGAUUUAGAACAUCAAAUUUUGGUAACGUACUUUUGAAAAAAGAUUUAACGAAAUUUUCUCUAUCUAGCGGUGUGACGUACCCGUAUCGUGUUUGUAUCACGCACAGUGUAUUAUGUAUCACGUACAGUGUAUUAUGUAUUGUCAGUUGAUGCUUUUUUCUGUUUGGAGGGAGGUGUAAUGCAAACAAAACCUUUGUCAUGAUGAAGAUAUUUCGGAUUUUAUUUUUAUUUAUUUUUUUAUCAUUCAUGAUUAUGCAUUUUAUGUCCGGAUCAUAUUCGACCUUUAUGAAGUGACACAUCCCAUGGUUUGUUCCAAAAGCAUGUCUCCGACUGAUUCUAUUCGAUCAAUCAUGCCGAGUUUAAAGUAUCUGUCACGUUGUGUUAAUCACACAUACAGAAGAUGAAUUUCUUUUAAAAUUCAAAACAUUUUUCACAGCAUAUAUAUUCACACAUUACCAAUACAAUUUGCUGCAUAAUACGUGGUUAAAAAAUUUAAACUUGGAUAUAUUUACCAGAAACCAAAAAGAAAAUGAAGAACGGAGAAAGUGUCCAAACUGUCCAUGAUACACUAGUAAGAUUUUUCAAAUUGAAAAAAAAAAAUCUAAGGUAUUUUGUCAUCGAUAUGUUUUUAGAUGAAAGUACUUAAAUUUAUAAUUUAUCUAUUGUUUUCUGUAUUCUCAAAAUUAUGAUCUCAACUCUAUCGCGUAGAAAAGAAUUACUUUUCACAUAUUUCUACAAUGUCAUUGUUUAUUUUUCUCGCUUAUGAUAAUGAGGCAUUUAUAUACUCUGACAGUAUUUGAAACUGUACUUACCGAUGUUGUUCAUCCGGAUUCGAAUAUAAAAGAAAAUUAUUAAUGUGCUUGAAACCAACCACAUAUUGUUGUUUACUGUUUAUAUUUUUGCAGUGAGUUGAAUAUUAGAUAGUAUUGCUAUGAAAGGGCGUAUGAAGUUUAGAAUAUCUUUAGCAAUUAACUAAAUACUCUUUUAAACACCGUUGUAACUGAUUUGCACGUCUGUGAUAUAUUUUUGUAUUAAUUAAAUAUUUUCAAGCUGGA